AUGUUCGCGCUCGUGUGGUUAGUGAAUUUCUGCGUGUUUCUUGCGUGUUGCACCUGCACGGUGUUGCCCCAAUCUUCGGUUUCCGGUUCCGGUGUGCUAGUAGCUAAACCGGCAUCUACUGCUAAUGAGUUGUUUCCGCUCACGAUCAUUCAUCUGAACGACUUCCACGCUCGAUUCGAGGAGACAAACACGGUGUCGACGCGCUGCAAACCGGACGAAGGUGAACGAUGCAUUGGUGGAUACGCACGGGUUGUGUCUCGCGUCAAGUCCUUGCAGCAGGAGUACGCCGAUCGAAACCCCAUCUACCUGAAUGCAGGUGACAACUUCCAGGGAACGCUCUGGUACACGCUGCUCCGGUGGAAUGUGACGGCACACUUCCUGAACAUGCUGCCAGCUGAUGUGAUGACACUCGGGAAUCACGAGUUCGAACAUGGCAUUGCGGGGUUGGUGCCAUUCUUGAAGACCAUUGCGAGUCCUGUGGUUGUGGCGAACAUCGACGACCGUGAUGAGCCGAGUCUUCAGGGGAAGUACAACAAGAGUGUCGUGUUGGAACGCGGUGGACGUAGAAUUGGUGUGAUUGGAGUAAUUCAUCACCUCACGAACACGAUGGGCAUGACGGAGCGUUUACGAUUCCUGGACGAAGUUGAGCAGUUGCGCCUAGAGAUCGAUAGCUUAAAAACGUCAGGAGUGCGUCAAAUCGUGGUAUUGUCCCACUGCGGCCUAGAGAUUGAUCGUGUCAUUGCCCGCGAGUUGCCGGACGUAGACAUAAUCGUAGGAGGCCACUCGCACACGUUUCUCUUCAACGGAUCCUCAGAGAACUUCCCUGACCAGGCCGAGGAUACUUACCCGGUAGUAGUUGAGCAUCCUGGUGAUCGAAGGACGCUGAUCGUACAGGCCGCAGCCUACGCGAAGUACGUCGGCCGUAUUACGCUGUAUUUCGACGAUGAGGGAUUUGUGAGGGAAUGGGAUGGUAAUCCUGAGUUUCUCGAUGAAAGCGUACCACUGGACACGCAGGUCCGCGAUGAGCUGGAACCAUGGCGUGAGCUAGUCAACGUAGAAGCCAAUCGGGAAGUCGGCGUAUCGGCCGUUUUGCUCUCGAAACCGAGCUGUGCUGUGGGCGAAUGCAACUUUGGCAACUUCAUUACGGAUGGGUAUAUCGACUUCUUUGCGUCGGAGUGUCGAAAGGAUCCAAAUGCGAACCAGUGGACGGAUGUGGCGAUUGCGUUCAACACUGGCGGUGGCAUGCGAACGUCUCUGAAAGCCGGUCACCUCAUCUAUGAUGAUCUUGUUACAGCCGUGCCGUUCGAGGACACGAUCGAUAGCUUCGAUCUUCUGGGACGUGACCUGCUGGAAGUGCUCGAGUAUAGUGCCACGCGGUACGGCACCUCAGAUAUGGUGCAGGUGUCUGGAAUAAGGCUGACGUAUGACAUGUGUCGUCCGGCAGGAAGCCGAGUUGUGUCUGUUAGCGUUAGAUGUCGUUUUUGCGAUGUUCCGAAGCUUGAGCCACUGGAGAUGGAGCGCGUUUAUCGGGUGGCCACAGGAACUUACAUUCGCAAAGGUGGCAGCGGUUACACGAUGAUUCCCGAGCGAGCCACUAAUUUACAGAUAGGUCCAGUUGACAUUAGCGUUCUCGAAAGGUACGUGCGGAAGAUGACGCCCGUCAUUGCCGGCGUUGAGGGACGCAUAACUGUAAUUGAGUGUACGAAUCCUUAA